AUGCCCACCUCAGCAGAGCAGCAGAGCUUCAAAAGGUCCAACAGGCGAGACCAGUGGGCGACGGGAGACGACAGCUUGCUGGCCGAGCACCUACCGCACCAGCGUGCGCUCUGCCCGCUCCACCCCUUCCAUGCGGCCGAGAGGCCGAUCGCGGCGCCUGUCGACGGCAACGAGGCGACUUGCCCCAACUGCUACUGCCUUAUCUGCGACGCGCGCGUGUCCGAGUGCCGCCAUUGGCGGGGGGGCGACGCCCCUGCGCACUGCAACGCGCAUAGCAACAGCGUACUCUGGCGCCAGAAGCGCGUCAAUGCGAAGCGGCAGCGCACGCGGGCGGUGCGGGCGGCGCAGCGCAAGAGGGGCGGCGUCACCUUUAGUGUACGUUAA